AUGUCCACAAACAACAGGGCAACAGAAAAAUUCACAGAUGAAGAACGGGAAGAAUAUGUGACAAAAUAUCUCUCACUCAUUGAUCAAUACAUGAAUAUUUAUAAAAAUGAUUUAAUACCAAAUAUUAAAAGCGGUCAUUUCAAUAUGGCUGCAACCCGACUGAACAUGGGAGCUGAAUUUUUAGGUUUGGAACGAAUUCCAAAUCAAGAAGAUAUUUUAAAAUCAAAAAUUCAUUUAGAUCCGAAUACAUUAGAAGUGAUAGAAUUUGAAAAUGUUUCAAAUCAUUUUCAAACAUCCUCUCAAAGAUCUACGACGUUAGAGGAUUUGAAACAAGACACUGAUGAAUCCUCAUUGUCAGGUGUUCGGAAAAGAAAACCCAAUAAUCUGACGUCAACCACAGAAACUACAACUUCAGAAUCAUCAUCAAUUUCUGGAUCAAAAUUAAAUGCCAGCGUCGAAGAGAAUUUAAAAAGACACAAUCCUAUUUAUUGGUUCGGAACUCUUCAACUAUCGGAAGAUCUGGUGCAAGCACAACUACAUUUUGUCAAUGCUGUGAAAAGUAUUUUAGAAUUAGGAAAAAUUGUAAAAGAAAUGAAUGAAUUGGAUAAACAAAAGUACAGAUAUUGA